UAUCAAAAUUUGUCUGAAGAUAUUAUAACACUUUUGGAUAACAAUAGUUGGUGGCAAACAAUUGAAGAACUUGGAUUACAUUUACUUCCUUUUACAGCAAUACUUAAUUGUCUUCAACAAGAUACAGCACAAUUAUCAAAUUCUGAUAAAGUAUUUUUAUUAGCACAAAUAUAUGCAGAAAUAACUUAUAAUUGUAAAGUUGAAGCAGCACAAUCUUUAGAACAACAAAUGAUAGCUAAUAUAGAUCAACAAGUAAAUUUUUUGAAACUUGAACAAAAUUUUUCUACACUUGAACAAAAUUUUUUUAAACUUAAACAAGAUUUUGAAUUUUUGAAAAGUGAUGAGAUUAUUAAUAAUAAUGAUUUGAAAUCGAAUAAAGAAGUUAAUAAAAUGAAUUCUGGCUCAGAAGAUUUAUCUUUGAAUACUAAUACUAAUAAGUUAUUACUGGGUUUAAAACAUCCUGCAGAUGACCUUGUAGAAAAAUAG